AUGUCAAAAGUUCAAGCCUCUGUCGUUAAAGUUCCAGACAGUGAACUCAUUGAAUUUCUUCAACGUUACAUUCGACGUAAGAGGAAAUAUUAUGCUAUUGUAGAGUUCAUACAGUCAGGAAUGCAAAAGACUUCAGAAGAGAUGGAAAGAAUUAUUGACAAACACCACUUACGUCAAUACUCAGGAGUUUACGAUAUGAAACGACUGACAAACUACAUUCUGUCAAAACUUUCAAAAUACCCCUUCAAAAAGUAUCCUUCAAACACUCUGCUCGUUUGUGACGACUUCGCCGGAAAAGGUUUAGUGUCAAAAGCAGACUCACCAUUAGCUAACAUCAUAACUAAAGUCAGACAUUACCACUUAACUGUAGCAAUACUUAUGCAAACAUGGCGUUUCCUUGCUUUAAACAUAAAACGUCUCAUAACUGACUUCGUUAUCUUUCAAGGUUUCUCACGCUAUGACAUUGAACUCAUUUGGAAACAGUCAGGUAUAACAUUACCUUUUGAAGAAAUUUGGGAAGCAUAUAAGUCUCUCAUCUCUCCUCGUUCAUACCUUGAGAUUCAUAUCAUGACUAAUACCAUUAAAGUCAAAAACAUUCCAUGGGAACGACCAACAUUGUUUUAA